CCGGAGGUCUUUUCCUGGCCUGUCAAAUCGCUGGUUGGAUUGUGGUUGAUUCCAGCCUGAAACUUCUGGCGUCAACCAUUGAUUGUUAUGUGCGCUUUCACUUCCCCUUCCCCACGACAUCUCAACACCUCAACACCGCAACACCACAACAUCACUACCUCCUCGUCUCCUAUCAUUGUCAUCAUGCGUUCCUUGAGAACGGACAGAUCUCGCGACUGCUCUCCUUCUGUUAAGAUCCUCCUAUAUGUCUGAAACACAACAACACCCGCGCGAGGAAUGAAACGGUUUCGCGAGACAGCACCAUGAAGAACUCCACCACGCCAGCACCAUCCAGGUACAA